AUGAGAAAGCUUCUGAAAACGGCCAUUGCCGAUGUGAAUAAAAUAACUUGUGACGAUGCCGCCAAGUCAUCCAUUCCAUCUAAGGAAAAAUUAAAAUCACUAAUUAUAAAAAAUAUAGACAAAUUUGAAAAUGAAGAAAUUUUGAAAAUAAUCGAAAAGUACAAUGGAAACAAUGGCAACGACAGGAAAAUCCUUAGAAGCAGUUACGACGUUUUUAAAAAUAAUAUACACCGAUACUCUUUUGACCAAAUAAAUAGAAUACUGAGGUUAUACACUACUUCUCAAAUGUAUGACAACCAGUUUAAUGUGUCCAUCCUUGGUUACUUAAUUAAGAGGCUGAAUGCGAUGCCCGCUAACGUAGUCGUCAACGUAUUUCAUAAUUUGGUGAAGGCUGGCCUAAGAGACCACAGAAGUAUUGAGCCAAUUAAAGACCAUAUUGAGAAAAACCUAGAUGCAUAUAAUACCCUAGACUUAACAAUUAUUCUAAGUUCGUUCACCAUGUUGCAGGAGGAUAUUAUAAUGAACAUUGCAAAUGGGGGAGUCAAAGAGAGUUUGCACACCCCAAAGGUGAAGAACCAAUCCCCAGAAUGCGCCUUUAAUUACAACGAAAUUAUCGCCUUCAUACUGAAUAAAAUAAAAAAUGAUGAAGACAUUCACAACAAUUUGAGCGUGAUAAAUUCCAUCUUAAUAUUAAACAUGAUUAGUCGAUUAAAUGUUAAUAAUUACGAAAUUUUUAAAUUCUUUACAAAAAAGUAUUAUAAAAAUUUAAAGGAAAGGGAUGUAGAACCACAUCACCUAACCCUACUGUUGAACUCAUUUGCAAAAUGCAACAUAAACAUUAAUAUUCUCAAAUAUAUAAUUAAAUAUAUGAACAAGGACAAUUUUAUUAACCAGCUGUCCUACGUAAAUAUUACAAAUGCAGUUCAUUAUAUGGCAAAAUUUAACUAUAAAAAUACAUUAUUUCUAAAUCGAUUGAAGGAUAAAGUGAUAGAAAUUGUGGACACAAUUCCGCAACGAGAAUUCAGCAACAUCAUGUGGUCCUUAUCUAAGUUAAAAGUUAAAGACGAUAACUUUUAUUUUAUUUCUCUCCAGAAAGUUAAGGAAAUAAUCCCUUCCAUGGACAUGAUGUCAAUCGCCCAAGUGUUAGAUGCACUACGACGAAGGAAUUUAUCAAGUGAGGUGUCAUUUCUGGACAAGCUGCUCGAUCCCCAGCGGGUUAAAAACGACACGUGUGAUUUGCCCAACAAGUCUCAAGAAUCUAACAAGCAUAACGGAGCAGUGACGGAUAAGAGUGUAGAAUCAGAGGACAAAAGGAAAGGCACUCAAACAGCUGACAGUGCUGAAGAAGAAGUAAAUUCCGAAAGCUCUCCUCUGGGGCAGGAUAACCACGCGUCUGCAAGUAAUACACUUAUACAAAGAACGGACGAAUUCUCCACAAGGAAGGUUAACAAUGUAUGCCACGUUCCCAACGAAUUAGAAAAAAAUGUCAUCGAUUUGUUAAUACAGAAAUAUUUGGAAAAUAUUGAACGCUGUUCACUCCAUGUGUUGACACAGGUCCCAUUUUGCUGUCUCCAAUUGAACUGCACCAAUUACGAAAUUUAUUACAAAUCUCUUGAAGUUCUUAGACGAAAAAAAAAAUAUAUGAGCACCUUAAAUUUAAUAUAUGCAAGGUACUUCAUAAGAAUUCUCAUAGAAAAGCAAGAGGAUAAUUUCCAAAAAUUACCUCGAUCGGUUAAGCAAUUCGCCAGGGAAAUCAUGAACUCGGAUAACACUUAG